CAUCAUUUGGUGAAGUUGCGUCACAUGUGUCCCCGCAGCUUCCACGGAGGGUCAGUCCACCCACGGAGAGCGGGGAAAGCACAGCAGGCGAAACGGGCUGCGAGUAAUUCUUGGUUCAUACCAACAGAGCUCAUUGGUUUGAUCUCUACGAUUUCAUCGGACCUCCAUCCCCUGGAAAAGGUCACGGCUCUUCCUGCUAAAGUUGCGAUGGCGGAGCGGGUUCUGGUGGUAGGAGGCGGGGGACGGGAACACGCGCUGGCCUGGAAGCUGGCCCAGUCGCCCCGGGUCCAGCAGGUUCUGGUGGCUCCCGGAAACGCAGGAACCGCCAGCUGCGGCAAGAUCAGCAACUCUGAGGUGUCGGUGAGCAACCACGGCAUCCUGGCUCGGUUCUGUAAGGACCACCACGUCGGUUUGGUCGUAGUCGGACCCGAGGCGCCGCUGGCAGCAGGUAUGGUGGACGAUCUGACGGCGGCGGGCAUUUUGUGUUUUGGACCGUCGGCUGCGGCGGCUCGGUUGGAGUCCAGUAAGAGUUUCGCAAAGGCGUUCAUGGAGCGUCACGGCGUUCCCACGGCUCGCUACGGCUCCUUCAGCGACCCGCAGGACGCCUGCAGCUUCAUCCGCGGCGCCGACUUUCCGGCUCUGGUGGUGAAGGCCAGUGGGCUGGCGGCGGGGAAGGGAGUCAUCGUCGCCGGGGAUCGGGACGAAGCCUGCCGGGCCGUCAUGGAGAUCAUGAAGGACGGAGCCUUUGGGUCAGCAGGAACAACGGUUGUUAUUGAGGAGCUUUUGGAGGGACAGGAAGUGUCUUGUCUGUGCUUCAGCGACGGUACCUGGGUCUCUCCGAUGCCACCGGCUCAGGACCACAAGCGACUCCAGGACGGAGACGCGGGGCCCCUCACGGGCGGGAUGGGAGCCUACUGCCCCACCCCACAGGUGAGCGAGGAGCUGCUGCAGCAGAUCAGAGAGUCGAUCCUGCAGAAGACUGUGGAUGGGAUGAGGCAGGAAGGAACUCCUUAUAUGGGCGUUCUGUACGCGGGCCUCAUGCUGACCAAUCGGGGGCCAAAAGUUCUGGAGUUCAACAGUCGCUUUGGCGACCCAGAAUGCCAGGUUCUGCUUCCUCUGCUGCAGAGCGACCUCUAUGACGUCAUCAUGAACACCGUAAGCGGGAACCUGGCCUCCAACGUCCCCGUGUGGCAGCAGGGCAGCUCUGCUGUUACCGUGGUGAUGGCCAGCGCAGGAUACCCGGGUUCCUACGUGAAAGGGGUCGAGAUCACAGGUCUGACCCGGCUGCAGGAGGCCGGGCUCCAGGCGUUCCACGCCGGCACCGCCCUGAAGGACGGCCGGGUGGUGUCGAGUGGCGGCAGAGUGCUGGCCGUGACGGCGGUGAGGUCGAGCCUGGAGGUCGCCCUGCAGGCGGCCAAUCGGGGCGUGGCUGCUGUUGGAUUCCCGGGCGCCGUGUACCGGCGAGACAUCGGCCACCGGGCCAUCGCUCACCAGAACCAGAACCGCAGGCGUCUGACCUACAAGGACAGCGGAGUGGACAUCGCUGCUGGGAACCAGCUGGUGGACAUCAUCAAGCCUCUGGCCAGAGCCACGACCCGACCCGGCUGCGAUGCAGAGCUGGGAGGUUUUGCUGGACUGUUUGACCUGAAGGCGGCCGGGUUUGUUGACCCGAUCCUGGUUUCUGGGACAGACGGUGUUGGAACUAAGCUGAAGAUCGCCCAGGCCUGUGGCCGUCAUGGCGGUCUGGGUCAGGACUUGGUUGCCAUGUGUGUGAACGAUGUUUUGGCUCACGGCGCCGAGCCGCUCUUCUUCCUGGACUACUUCUCUUGCGGCAGUCUGGAUGUAGAAGUUGCCGCCUCCAUCGUCGGCGGCGUCGCCAAGGCGUGUGAGGCGGCCGGCUGCGCCCUGCUGGGCGGUGAAACGGCAGAGAUGCCCGGUGUUUAUGCUGCCGGAGAGUACGACCUGGCCGGGUUCUGUGUCGGCGCGGCGGAGCGGGGCGCCUUGUUGCCACGGCUACAGGACAUCUCGGAGGGAGACGUGCUGAUCGGCGUGGCUUCCUCUGGGAUUCACAGCAACGGCUUCAGUCUGGUCCGUAAAGUUCUGGAGAGAAGCAAACUGAGUUUGAGCUCUGCUGCUCCGUUUGGGAACCAGGACCAGACUGUCGGCGAGGUGUUGCUGACUCCUACUAAGAUCUACAGCCGCCUGCUGCUGCCCGUCCUGCGCAGCGGGGCGGUUAAAGCCUACGCUCACAUCACCGGUGGGGGGCUUCUGGAGAACCUGCCCCGGGUUCUGCCCCAGGGUCUGGCAGCAGAGUUGGAUGCGUCCCAGUGGAGGAUUCCAGCUGUUUUCUCUUGGCUCUAUGAAGAAGGAUCUCUGAGUGAGGAGGAGACGAGCAGAACCUUCAACUGUGGGCUCGGUGCGGUUCUGGUGGUCGGUCCGGCUGAUGCUCAGAAGGUUCUGUCUCAGCUGCAGGUCCAUGAUGAAGCCUGGGUGGUGGGCUCUCUUGUUCCUAAGCAACCAGAUGUUUCUUCUGUGGUGGUUUUCAACCUGAAGCAGAGCUUGAUGAAUGCUGGGACUGUGGAAGUAAAGGAACAUGGUUUCCAUGGAAAUCAAAUCACAGCACCCAAGAAGAGCAGAGUAGCAGUUCUCAUCUCUGGUACAGGUACCAAUCUGCAGGCCCUGAUUGAUCAGGCUAAAGCUCCAUGCAGCUCAGCAGAGAUCGGAAGAGCUCACAAUAAUGUACUAAAGUAAGAGCAGCACAGGUUCAACAUAUUUGACUCAAGUUACUGUAAAAAAUAGACGUCCAAUAAAUUAUUUCACAGUAAAAUUGUUUUUUGAUACAAACUCUACUCAAGUACUGAGUAGCUGAUCAAAUUAUCAAUCAUUUAAUAAUUAAAAAUUACAUCAUCAGAGAAACCAAAAUUUAAAGUUACAUGUAGAUUUUAAGGAAAACCAGCCCAAUUUCUUGUGGGAGUAACAACAAAUAACUACGUCAGGCAAAGUCAUUCUUACAAAAAUCAGUUUCUUUCAAUUUAAACCUGAUGAAGCUUUAAGAAAAACUAACUGUCUGUGUUUGGUGAAUAUUUGGUUAAAAGAUGUUUAAGGAUUGAAAAUUCUGAUAUUUUUAUUAAAUUGCUCAAGUAAAAUGAAAAAGUAUUGCUUGUAAUUGUAAAUGUCACUGUUUGUUUGGUUGAGUUUUUUGGUUUUCGUUGUGUUUUUCUGUGUACUUCCUCCCUGUUUAAACCUGAAUGUUGUCCAGUUCCACUAAAGUCAAAGAAAAUGGUGACAAACAAAAACAGCAACACUGAUUUUAAAAAGUUACAUUUUAAGUAGCUUAAAGCAGCAUUGACAACAAUAAUUUCCAGAGCAGACUGCAGAUAACUCUUGGUGGUAAAUCUUUGACCGGCUGAACACACAGCGUGUGUGUUUGGGUCCUGAAGAACCUGGUCCAAAGUCCAACACCAAGCUGCUCCCAGUCAAACUGGUAUCUUUGCCUUCACUACUGGGCUUAAACUGGUUGUUUUUCUAACAUAAUCGCUGGAUGAGGUCCGUUUCCAAUCACCUGAGGAAUGAUGGACAUCUUCUGGCGCAGGUCGUGGAGGCCAAGGUCAGAGGUCAAAACGCCGUCGAUGUAGAUUUUCCCGCGAGGUUCUGCCAGGCGAAACAGAGCCGAGAUCAGAGAGCUUUUCCCGGCUCCGGUUCUUCCGACGAUCCCCAACUGGAACAACAUCAUUUGGAGAAAGAAACUGGGAUUAUAGGUUUGAUGUAAAAUCUAUGUGAACUGGAACAAAGAUUCUUUAUACAAAUAAAAACAUAAAGUGCUGGAUAUGUCUGUAUUUUUUCUGAAUGGCUGACAGGUAACAAAAAAAAACUAUCAACGAUUAAAAUAAAUCGUCUGAUAUGAAACGUU